CAAUCAGGAAGUGCGUUGAACUUUUCAAUUUUACCUGACGUGGACGAUGUCGCCAACCCGAUGGCCGCCAUGCUUGAUGACGAAGCACCCUUGAAUAUAAAAGUGACUGCCGCCCCGUUUGGGCCACAGUCUUCCAAAAAGUUAACAGUGAAGAAGUUAACAUUCCAAGAACCAAUAACAUGAACGCCGGAAAGUGUUUUAAGUGCGGUCGAUUUGGACACACUGUCUCCGACUGCUUCCAGCAUCUCUCCAUCCAUGUGGACCGGAUAAGAUCUUCACCAUCCUGUACUCGAGGUCGGCUGUGCUCGAAUCGCUCCUCGAGGAACCAUCCAUACCUGCGGCACUCCAUGGACGACUUCGUAUUCGAAUACCUGCGCCAUCGAUACCCCUACCAUCCCGGGUACUUGAACUUGGAAUUCAAGGUGAAGAUGAGGGACUGGAGGGUUCGUAGUACGAAAGAUCUCAAUGCCCUUUGGGAUCUCCCCGUACGCUCCGACAUCGAGGCUGGCGUAGAGGACGUUUUCAACCUCCGAAGACUCUUCGGCGAAACUCCUGCUCCACAACCGUGCCACGUGCCCCAGUUCCUGGACGAUAGCGAAAGAACGUGCGACAUCUGUGCCUCCUAUCUGUGGGAUUAUCCAGGCUACUAUUAUAUUAAUGAUACUGUGAUAGAGCGUCCCUCCAACGUAUCUUUCUAG